CGGACCCUUGGAGGCUGGCGUCCAGAGGCCACCUCUGGUGGGCGGGAGGCUGAUGGAGCCCUGCGGCCUGUGGCCCCAACCUGACAUUCAGCCAAGUACCCGGCCAUCAAGGCCCUGAUGCGGCCGGACCCUCACCUCAAGUGGCUGGUGCUGGGGCUGGUGCUGGCGCAGCUGCUGGCCUGCUGGCUGGUGCGGGGCCUGGCGUGGCGCUGGCUGCUCUUCUGGGCCUACGCCUUCGGGGGCUGCGUGAACCACGCGCUGACGCUGGCCAUCCACGACAUCUCGCACAACACGGCCUUCGGCACUGGCCACCCCGCCCACAACCGCUGGUUCGCCAUCUUCGCCAACCUGCCCUUGGGUGUGCCCUACGCCUCCUCCUUCAAGAAGUACCACGUGGAUCACCACCGCUACCUGGGCGGCGACGGGCUGGACGUGGACGUGCCCACGCGCCUCGAGGGCUGGCUCUUCUGCACGCCGGCCCGCAAGCUGCUCUGGCUGGCGCUGCAGCCCUUCUUCUACUCGCUGCGGCCGCUCUGCGUGCACCCCAAGGCCAUGACCCGCAUGGAGGUGUUCAACGCCCUGGUGCAGCUGGCGGCCAACGCCACCAUCUUCACCCUCUGGGGGCCCAAGCCCAUGGUCUACCUGCUGGCCAGCUCCCUGCUGGGCCUGGGCCUGCACCCCAUCUCGGGCCACUUCGUGGCUGAGCACUACAUGUUCCUCAAGGGCCACGAGACCUACUCCUACUACGGGCCCCUCAACUGGAUCACCUUCAACGUGGGCUACCACAUGGAACACCACGACUUCCCCAGCAUCCCGGGCUGCAACCUGCCCCUGGUGCGGAAGAUCGCGCCCGAGUACUACGACCACCUGCCCCAGCACUACUCGUGGGUGAAGGUGCUCUGGGACUUUGUGUCCGAGGACUCCCUGGGGCCCUACGCCAGGGUGAAGCGGGUGUGCAAGCUGGCGAAGGACGGCCUGUGAGCCCGACGGCCGGUGCCCCGAGAGCACGGACCCUGCUGCGCGCGCCUCAGUGCCCGGUGGGAGCAGGGCCUGUGCUCUCUGUCUGCUGCCCGGCCUCGCUCCGCCCACCUGCAGGGCUGGCCGUCACCUGUCCCCAGGGCGAGCAAUGCCCAGAACUGGUUUGGCUGCAUUUAGUUCCCGCACCCUAGGCUGCUGUUCUUGUCCCCCUGGAGUCCCGAGACCACGCCUGGAGACAGCGGGCGCGGGUGGCAGCCUGGAGAAGCUUGGUCUGCACGGGGACUGGUGACCGCAGGCCGGGCCCUCCCUUUCAGGACGUCACGCGCGAGGCCUGGCCUGGCGCUGGGUGCCCUGUGCCCAGGGAGCUGAUUUCUCUGGCGUGCCCAUGCCCUAAA